AUGGCGGCGUCGGCGCCGACGGGCUGCUUCAAGUGCGGCCGACCGGGCCACUGGUCACGCGACUGCCCCUCCGCUCCGCCGUCCUCCUCCACCAACCCAAACCCCACCGCCGGCGGCUCCUACCCACCAUCCUCUUCCCGCCCAGCACCCUACCAGCCCAGACAGCCACCCAAGCCCUCGGCGGCGGCUGCGGCGGAGGGGGAAAAUGCACAGCAGGAAGGCGGCAAGAAGAAGAAGAAGGAGAGGGUGACGCGGCCCAAGCUCACGCCGGACCUGCUCCUCUCCGAUGACGGCCUAGGAUACGUCCUCCGCUACUUUCCCAAGGCAUUCAAACCACGCGCCCGGCCCGGCCACGAGGUGGAGGAUCUUGGCAAUCUGAUCAAGCUUUAUGCUGACUGGCACUCUCGCUUGAUCCCUUAUUACUCAUUUGACCAGUUUGUGCGCAAAGUUGAGAAAGUUGGGGCCAGCAACCGUGUUAGGAGAUGCAUUUCUGAACUAAAAGAAAGGGUGGCCAGAGGGGGAGAUCCUACAAAACUGCAUGAACCACUAGUGGAAGAAGUGAUGCCAGAGGGAGAACCUGAUGGAGCCACACAGGAAGACCCAAUCCUGGGGACUGAACAUCCCUCGACGGACAGUCAUGUCAUGGAGUUGGUGCAAGAAGAUAUAGAUCCACCACUGGUGGAAAGUACUGAUGUUGAUCCCAUGCAAGAGGAUUUGCUGAAUGAAAUCUACCAAAACACAGCUGAUGAACCUGGAAUCAGACCUAGUGAGGGAGGUGCUGGAGAACCCUUGGCUCCAAGAGAGGCUGAGAAGCAUCCAGAUGGAGGGACGAGUGGUGGAAGCAAGCCAGGCAAAAUCGAAUUGACAGAGGAACAGAAGGCGCGCAUGGAGGCUAACCGGCUCAAGGCGUUGGAGAGAGCGGCAGCAGCACGGGCUCGUGCAUCCCAGUCACAGCCUACUGCUGAAACUACCACCUAG